AUGAGCUUCACCGUCCACGGUGUGGAAGUCGGCAUCAAGCUCUCUGACGAUUUGGAACUUGCGAUCCAGACCGAGCACGUCAUUGUCUCGCUAUUUCGAAGCAUUGAAGUGGACCAUUGCUUUGCAAAUAUCAAGGGAGGGAAGCAAGAGUUGGCGUCCAAAAAGCCUCGAACAAGCUCAGAGGAGGAGGCGGGAGGAUCGCCAACGAGCAUUGGUAAGCCCAAUACGGGUUCUGCUACCGACGGAAGCCAGCCGCAAGUAGCCGAAACCAAGGCGAAAAUGACAGCCGGCAACCCUCCUGAGGACUCGUCUAAUACUAUGGCAUACAAGGCUAUCAAGAAGCAGCCUUUGCAUAGUGACGCUGCCGUCGAGCGAUAUCACCGUACACUCGAAUUGCUUGAUGCAAGCAAUGCCAUCAGCCAAGCAAGAGCAACUUUGCGAGGGUGUUCGACCUUGAUCUAUGACACUGGUUGUGACGAUGAAUCUGCACGCCGGGCAGCAAUUUGCUCACAACUUCAUUCAAAGCCCUCUGUGCCCAAUCCGCCACAGCGAUCUGUCAAAGUCACUGCAUUACGUCAAUUGUCAUCUCCAAGGAUGAGGAGCUUUUUGCACCUAUGA